UAUAUGCUCCAUCGCUCUCGAUUCCUCCCCAUUUCCUAACAUCCUGGAUUCCCUCCCAACAAAAUUUAACAUGCCAACCCUCACCAAUUUCUACGCCAUUCAAGAUUUAUCCCACCACAAAACCAAAGACGAUUGCUGGAUCCUCGUCGGUGGAAAGGUAUACGACGUGACACAAUAUUUGGAUGAUCAUCCUGGUGGAGACGAUGUAAUCCUUGCUGCAACAGGGAAAGAUGCAACAGAAGAUUUUGAAGAUGCUGGCCACAGCAAAAGUGCAAGAGAACUUAUGGAGCAGUAUUGCAUUGGUGAGCUCGACCCAUCACCUCCAGUUUCCACCAAGCAUAGCUAUUCUGAAAAAUUCAUGCAGCUGACAAAGCAAUAUUGGGCUGUUCCUGUGACCUUUGUUGGUAUCUCAGUGGUAGUUGGUUUCUUAUACUUACGUAAGAAGUAACAUUACACAAAGUCUGCAAUUCAAUUUAUAUUAAUGUUGCAAAUCAUUGCAACAAAUUUUGUUUUGUAUUCAUUUGAAAGAUAGAUGUCAUUAGAAAAGACUGGCUUAUUUCAAUAUGGUAACAAUUGAUUACAUGCAUAAUAUUACAUUAAA